AUGGGGAACGGAGGAAGCAAAACCUGGGUUCUUCUUGCUGCUGGAUCAAAAGACUGGGAUAAUUACCGUCACCAGGCGGACGUCUGCCAUGCAUAUCAGAUCAUACACGGAUCAGGAAUUCCUGAUGAGCAGAUUGUAGUGAUGAUGUAUGAUGACAUCGCUUACAAUCAUGAAAAUCCCAUGAAAGGGAACAUCAUAAAUGAGCCUAAUGGUCCAAAUGUUUACCAAGGUGUUCAGAAGGACUACACUGGAAAUGAUGUUUCAGCUGAAAACUUUUUGGCUGUUCUUCGAGGGGAUUCUGGGGCUGUUAAAACUAGGGGACCAAAAAAGGUUCUGAACAGUGGCUCAAAUGAUACAAUUCUGAUCUACCUAUCAGACCACGGGGCUCCAGGAAUGUUUGCAUUUCCAAAGUCCACACUUUAUGCACAUGACUUGAUUGAUACAGUGACAGAAAUGUCAAGCAAUCAGCAGUUUUCAAAAAUGGUGAUUUAUAUGGAGUCCUGUUAUUCUGGAUCAAUGCUUCAAGGUCUUCCAUCAUCAUGCAAUGUGUAUGGAAUUUCAGCCAGUACACCAACAGAAAGCUCUUAUGCAUGUUUCUAUGAUGAACGGAGGAAUGCCUGUUUAGCUGAUUUAUUCUCAGUCUCCCUGUUUCAACACGUUGAGACGCAUGACCGAAGAUGGACAACUUUAGAAAGUCAGUUUCAAUUCCUGAAGAAUGAAGUAAAAAAAUCCACACCCUGCAAGUAUGGGAAUAUGAAUAAACGUAAAAUCGAGAGAGUUGUUUUGGACAUCCAGCAGCAAUGUUCACGAGGAUCUCCAUCAAUAUCAGGUGGAUUUCCAUCAAUAUCAGGCGGAUCUGCAUCAGCAUCAGGCGGAUCCGCAUCAGCAUCACGUAGACGUGCUGAACAGAAUUUCGCUUCUAUGGACAGAGCUAAAUUAGUGCGGCUCAAAACUGUUAUGGAACAUUUCAGGACAUCCUGCUUUGACUGGCAUGAUGAGCAGUUUGUUUUUGCCCUACAACACACACAUGUCUUGGCUGAUCUCAUUUGCUCUGGAGUUGAGGAGAACAGAAUCAUGGAGGCCAUAACAGCGGUCAGAAGAAGACACUUUUGA